CGUCCGAACGGCAUAACAUAAUAUCGUUACGGUAUCUAUAGUAGUGAAAAUAAUAAUAAUAAUAAUCGUAGUUUUUAUAGGACCCCGCCUGACCCGACGCCUAUCCGUCGUCAGAGUUCCGCUCCCGAGUCGUCGUCGUUCCACUAAUAACGCGCACGACCGUUAUCAGAACAACGUGCACACCCGAAUUCAGCGCCGGUGUCUGGACAUGUGUGACCCCAGCGAACCCGGUUAAACGAGACACACACGCCGGCGUGCGCCCACCCGCAACUGCUGGGAACCGCGCACGUCAGACCGAAGGCCGACUCUAUAGUUGUCCGCGCGUACACAGGGCGACCGUAGACGUGAUGCCUGCGGUCAGCGAGUCGUGCCGUUCGAAUUGAAACCCGGCGAAUGGGACUAUGGGAAUUUGUCUGGACACAGACAAAAUUCCCGAUGACGAGCAUUUUAAAAAUGGUUCCAAAGAUAGACAAAAUUGGGACGCAGAUGACAUUGACAAUCCAAACAGAAAUGAUACUGGAAUGUUUGCGUACACAAACGGUCACGUCAAAUUUGAUACGCCGAAAGUUCCAGUAAUUUUCGUACUAGGUGGACCUGGAAGUGGCAAGGUCACGCACUGUGACAACUUGAUGAUAGAAAAGCGCGGUAUUGUCCACAUUAACAUGACCGACUUACUACAACAGUACACAGUUGGAAACGAUAUGGAAGACUUCAGCAAACUUUCCAGUAAAACAGUUACUGAAGUAUUGAUGUUGGAGUUGAAAAUGUCUCCUGCAGCCAAAACGUUUUUGGUAUCGGGAUUUCCAAGAAAUAUGCGCGAUGUAGUUGAAUACACAAAUAAGAUCAAAAUCGUAAACGGAGUUAUUCUAAUAUCGUGGAAUCAGAAUGUGUUGGAACGACAAAUCGAUUACGGUGCAAAAUUAGGGCAUGUCGUUUUAAGUCUGGCCAGAAUGGAGCUGAACAACUUCUACAAAAAUGUGACUCCGGUGUCGGACUUUUACGACCAGAGGGGAAUGCUCAUUUCGGUGAACGGCGAACGGAGUCCGACGGAAGUGUAUACCGACUUCCGGUCUUCGGUACUGCAAAUAUUGAGCGCCUACAAAAGCCCUGCGCCGGUUGUAGUAGCUAACGGUAUCGUGCCUGCAGACAAUCCGGGUACCGAACAACCGGAAGUCGACGCUGCCGAGCGUCCAAACAGCCACCUCUCUGUCAAUCUCUUGCCGGAACCACGGGCCACAGACCUUGUCUCGGAACCACGGGUCGCGAACCACGUUUCGGAACCGGAAACGUUUCCGCGAGUCAUUUUCGUAGUAGGUGGCCCCGGCAGUAACAAGAGUUCAUUGUGCCAAAAAGUACUUAGGGCCAACGCCGAUUGGGGGCAUGUCAGCGUUGGACCUUUAAUGAGAUCUCUGGCGUCGUCUCAAGAGCCGCUACAAGAAACGAUCAGCAGUGGACAAAUCCUCGAAGAGUCGAUAGUUCACGAAGUAUUAGAUAAAGAGUUACUCAAGUAUAAAAAUGCAGAGGGUAUAGUGAUCGAUGGUUAUCCAAGGAAUAUUGGACAGCUCAACUAUUUUGAAAAAAAGUAUGCUCAACGGCCGAAGUUGAUACUAUUGGAUUGCUCAAAGUUGCAGUUAGGUCGCGGAAGGUUAGACGACAGCGUAUCGGCGUUUCGCCGGCGUCUGCAGAGUUUCCGCGAACAAACUCUACCGAUGCUCAAGGCACUGGAUAAAGACAACCGCUUAGCCGUAGUGGACGGUAACACCGACGACAAGCGCGUGCAAGAGACGUUCAUCAGCACUCUGGUGGAGACGAUGAAAGGAGAGAAUUUUCCGAUUUACCAUCGGGACGACGACGACGACGACACCGAUCCGCGCCGGGACACGGAAAAGCGAACCACGUCGACUGCGGCGGUGGCGGGGCACGCGGUCACGGGGCCGGCGGUGCCGCGUCAAAACGGUCAUCUACCGAACGACACAAACGAAGAGCACGACAAUCGCGGACAGACUAUCCGUUACGACGUGCGGAACAUGUACGCUCAAAUAGGAUCAUAUGCCAACGAUCCGUCGCUGUACAACCCAUAAACUGUAAUUGCCGUAAACGAAUGACAUUAUUAUUAUUAUUAUUAUUAUUAUUCUCAUUAUUCUCAUUAUAUCAUAUAAUAUUAUAAUGUUGUUGUAGAGUUACGCCCCAAACUUCGUAGGCAAACAAUACGCAUAGUGGCGCUUACUCUAUAAGACGUAUAGGCGUGCGCAGGACUUCGCGAUCCCACAGGUUUUCCUCGUUUUGACACGGGUGAAAUGUGCGCGAGGUAAACGCGAUGCGCUCGUUUUAUCGCGCUCGGCUGUUUCGAGACAAAAACGCGUCGUUCGGUAUUGAGACGCGUUUAUUAUAACAUAUUUAUAUAAAUGGGUUGUGACUUAUUUAAAGUCUAUUAUAGACGAUAUGAUAUUAUAUUAUCCAGUGGCGUAGCCAAGGGGGGUGGAGGGCUAAAGGGGCUAUAGCCCUCCCUCAUUGCCCGUAUUUUUUAUAUUGUUUUGAAACAUUUAAAUCUAAAUAUGGAAACUGUCUUACAAAUUUUAGUUAUUUAAAAUAGUAAAUACGUUAACGACAGAUCAACGUUAAUAUGCCAUCAGUAUUUUUGUUUUCAAUAACUCAAGUUAAAAGUAUUUAGCCCCCCCCCCCUCGCAUUAAAAAAUCCUAGCUACGCCUCCGAUGAUAUUUAUUAAUGUGGGCUGUGUCGUUACUGCUAUAAUUUAGCCGUUAUUAACUGUAAACACGUAUCGUAACGAUGUACACGGUUGUAUCUGUAUGGCCCAACGCCAGGGGUGUCUUCGUGGGGUGGGAUAUGUGACCAGUCGUCCUGGGGCAUACCUUGUAGCUUUUUAAGAAAUUUCUUAGUGUUUAUAGUUAAUUUUUCUGUAACUAAACCGUUUUUUACUAUGUCAAUGUUAAUACGAUAUUGUAUGAGAACGAUUAACGCGUACCUAUCCAUACGAAUUACUAUAUAGGUGAUAAUUAAAUUAAAUUAUUACAUUUUAAUAGACAUAUUUUAUUUAGUUGUAUUAAUAAUAUUGAACGAGAGGGUAUAAUCGUCUAUCCGUAACCUCUUGAGAGAACGUUAUGUCGUACACUCACACGUUGUCCAAUUAACGCACAAGUCAACAUAACAAAUUUUACGUUUAAAAUAAUCCAUUUUACUCUGUUGUUUUUAAUAUUAUAUUAUUACGGUAUUUUCACCGGUUAGGU